GCAUUGCUCAUUGUGGAGUACUCCAACAAUCACAUAGAACGCAGACCAGCCUAAGCUGACAGCUUGAUAUGCCUUCUUCUGCUGCCUGGUUUUGGGGGCUGUGUGACGUACUGGUCGGUAGUAAAGAUUAAUAUGUAAGAAAUGUGGAGCUAGGAUCAAGUCAUACUCCACAGCCUGCCUGGCAAACUAUGUUUUACUUCUGACUUUGCUCUCUCGCUGAGAACAUUAAUCUGUCAAGCUGGCGGGCUCCUUUGAUAGCAACUUUCCCAGGAGCAUGAUGUGGCAAUGCCACCUCUCAGCCCAGGACUACCGCUAUUAUCCCGUGGACGGCUACUCCCUGCUUAAACGCUUCCCUCUUCAUCCUCUUACAGGACCCAGAUGCCCUGUCCAAACAGUGGGACAAUGGUUGGAAAGCAUUGGGCUACCUCAGUACGAGAACCACCUGAUGGCUAAUGGAUUUGACAAUGUGCAGUUUAUGGGAAGCAAUGUUAUGGAAGAUCAGGAUUUGUUGGAAAUUGGAAUCCUUAAUUCUGGGCACAGACAAAGAAUUCUACAGGCAAUCCAGCUCCUUCCAAAGAUGAGACCCAUUGGCCAUGAUGGCUACCAUCCCACCUCUGUUGCUGAGUGGCUGGAUUCCAUUGAACUAGGUGACUACACCAAAGCCUUUCUAAUUAAUGGCUACACAUCAAUGGACCUGUUGAAAAAAAUCUGGGAAGUUGAACUUAUUAAUGUUUUAAAAAUCAAUUUGAUUGGCCACAGGAAACGGAUUUUGGCGUCUCUGGGGGACAGGCUGCACGACGAUCCACCACAGAAGCCCCCUCGGUCCAUCACCCUCAGGGAACCCAGUGGUAAUCACAGUCCUCCUCAGUUGUCUCCAUCACUUAGCCAAAGCACUUACACCACUGGUGGCUCCCUAGACGUUCCUCACAUUAUCAUGCAGGGCGAUGCAAGGAGGAGAAGAAAUGAAAACUACUUCGACGAUAUUCCCCGAUCCAAACUGGAGAGGCAGAUGGCCCAGACAGGAGACUGGGGAGAACCUUCCAUUACUCUGCGACCUCCGAAUGAAGCUACAGCCUCGACUCCAGUGCAGUACUGGCAACACCACCCGGAAAAGCUCAUCUUCCAGUCAUGUGAUUACAAAGCUUUUUAUUUAGGUUCUAUGCUGAUAAAAGAGCUCAGGGGGACAGAAUCAACCCAAGAUGCUUGUGCAAAAAUGCGGGCUAACUGUCAGAAGUCUACGGAGCAAAUGAAGAAGGUCCCUACAAUUAUUCUUUCAGUCUCUUAUAAAGGAGUCAAAUUUAUUGACGCAACAAAUAAGAACAUAAUUGCCGAGCAUGAAAUUCGUAAUAUCUCCUGUGCAGCCCAGGACCCAGAGGACCUCUCAACAUUCGCUUACAUCACAAAAGAUUUGAAGUCCAAUCACCACUACUGUCACGUGUUUACCGCCUUUGAUGUGAAUUUAGCCUACGAGAUCAUCCUGACGCUGGGACAGGCAUUCGAGGUCGCCUACCAGCUCGCUCUGCAAGCCAGGAAAGGGGGGCAUUCCUCCACGCUUCCAGAAAGCUUUGAAAACAAGCCCUCCAAGCCCAUCCCCAAGCCCCGCGUCAGCAUCCGCAAGUCCGUGCCUUUCUGUUUUAAAGCAGAUCGACCCAUCUGAGCAAAAGACUCUGGCCAAUCUGCCGUGGAUUGUGGAGCCAGGACAGGAGGCCAAGCGGGGGAUAAAUACCAAGUAUGAGACCACGAUUUUCUGAUACUCACCGUCCUCCCGUCCUCGCGGUGCCUUGCACGCCGAGCAGUCCCGGAGCAGGCUUUCCACCCGGCCCAGGAGGAAGAACUGCUCUGUUUGUGUGGCCUUGUCACGGGCGAGAGGCCGCUGGCCGUUCCUGGGGACGUUCUUUCUGCACAGUUACAGAAAGUGCAACCAAGACUUUCCAGCCGUAACCCCUGAAAGGCACGAGUUGAGAUUUUCGGCUGACUGUCCUGACUCCCUUCCCUGCUGCCACCCGAGGUAUUUCUGAUGACUCUGCCCCAACACUUGCUUUGCUGUAUUUGGGGAUAAUACCUUAAAAAAAAAUAAAUACAGGGGAUCUCUAAUACUGCCUAAAAGUAUACACAUCUUGGGUUUAUUUUUCACUGUCAGCAGUUUUCAAGGUAGGAGAAACUGAACUACCCCCAAAAAGCAUCUGUAAAGUCAUUAUCUCACUGAGUAUUGUUUCAUGCAAAAGGACAAAAACUACCCACCCCCCUGAUUGCCAGGAAAUCCUGUUUCCCAAUUUCUAUAUUUGUGAAUUUUAUAUGUAAUCAACUAUGUCAGAUAAAGAGAACCUUUACAUCUAUGGAUUGAUUCAAAAACAUAAUGAUUUAAAACAGAGGAAUUUAUUAUGCACAGAAAAAUGUGUCUUGUAUUAAAUAUUUUUAUUAAAAGAAUGUUUCACUAAUGCAUUGAUAAGAAAACUAGGUUAGCUGUGAGGGAUGUUUCUGGUUUCACAUCACAUAACUAAACUUAUACUGCUACUACCAAGAGGACUGGCUCGGGCGUGGCAGAGUACCAGCGACUCUCGCCACAGCAGGAGAUUCAGGCAAGCAAACUGGCGUCUUACCCAAAGUGCUGACGCAGCCAUAAGCCU